AUAUAAUGAUCAUCAUCAUCGUGUCCAUGUGGUGCUGAACUGACUGUGGUUCUGAAGCAAAAUGUUGGUUCUAUUUAUUCUAUUCUCACACUGCAGAGUGAUCACCCACCGUGUUCUGAGAUGUAAAAAGUUACGAAUUUGCCUUGCUUUCUCUCCUCUGGCUACUUUUGUGACUGCAGCCUCCCAUUGAAGCAACACAUUGCCUUGGUACAGAGGGUGUUCCAGGCUGGGCAUAGGCUGAGCUUCAUGCUGUUGCUGUUUGUGCUGCUGAAAUCAUAAUAUACACAUACACACACCGCCUCCUCCUCAGCUGCCACUCAUAGAGGGGAACACAACCGAACGGGAUAUAUUGCAGUUGGGACUCCAGUGCAAGUACCAGAAGGUCACAAUGAGCUGUGGAUUAAUCUCAAUGUAUUUUGUGGUUAUCACUGCAUAUCAGUAAACCAGGCUGUGCAGAGCUGGAAAUCCUGGUGGCAAUACUGUAUCCUUACCAAAUCUUCUGUUCUGUGCCAUGAAUGGGAAACAAAGGACACUCUUAAUUCUUUCUAAAAUGGGCCCUUCUGACACCUAGGAUGGGAUAAAUAUGGACUGUUAUCCACUGGCACAAGGUUGUCCCGCUAAUCUUCAGGAUUAACCCCCUUAGAGAUUCCCAAGUGUACUAGUCUCCUUGCUGCUUGUUUCUGACCCACAUGGCAGCAGCUGGAUACAGUUCCUAGUGGAGUGGCACAUAUAAGGUCCGGCAUUGGGGGAUGGCUCUACAUAUUUCUGCAGCCUCAAUGAUUCUAUUGGCAAUCACAGCAUCAGCAUCUUCUGCUGCUAUAACCCAGGAAGACUAUCCUGCAGAUGAAGGAGACCAAACCUCUAGUAAUGAUAACUUGAUUUUUGAUGACUACAGGGGCAAAGGCUGCGUGGAUGACAGUGGUUUUGUAUACAAACUUCAGGAGAGAUUUUUUCCAGGGCAUUCUAAUUGCCCUUGUGUUUGUACAGAGGAUGGACCUGUUUGUGACCAGCCAGAGUGCCCGAAAAUCCACCCCAAGUGUACUAAAGUAGAACACAAUGGAUGUUGUCCAGAGUGUAAGGAAGUAAAAAACUUUUGUGAAUAUCAUGGAAAAAGCUACAAAAUUCUGGAGGAGUUUAAGCCCUCUCCAUGCGAAUGGUGCAGAUGUGAGCCCAGCAAUGAAGUGCACUGUGUGGUGGCAGACUGCGCCGUUCCAGAGUGCGUGAACCCUGUUUAUGAGCCUGAGCAGUGCUGUCCGGUCUGCAAGAACGGUCCUAACUGCUUUGCAGGCACCAUCAUCAUCCCGGCAGGUAUAGAGGUCAAAGUGGAUGACUGUAACAUCUGCCAUUGCCACAAUGGAGAUUGGUGGAAACCAGCACAAUGUUCCAAGAGGGAGUGUCAUGGGAAGCCAAACCUAUAGACUCACGGUGCCUAUUCUGGACAGGGAGGAGAAAGUGGGACAUCUCUCUACAGAUCAGCCAG